UUGUUCCUGCCCUGCCAUGACCUUGCCGUGAGCUGGGAAGAAACCAGGGUGUGGAGCGCAGGGCACCUGCUUGCCCACGCCUGCAGCCCUCACUGCCCUGUUCCACUCAGUUCCUGGGCCAGGACAGGGCUCACAGAGGCUGUGCAGUGAUGGGGCACUGGGAGCAGCCACCUGCCCUGGCCAGGUGGCAUGGCUUUGGUAGGCCAGCAAGCACCCACCGAUGCUUUUCUGGGUUGAACGCUCACCUCAGUUGUUUUUCAUCCAGCAUAACAGCCAAGGCCUUGGCAAUUGUAAGGGAAACUGCAAAACCCACUCUUACUGUCAGCAGAGCACUGUUUGCCUGCUUUUGCUGCUAAUUCAAUCUGACCCCAAAGUUCAAACUCCACCGACCUCUGCACAUCUUCCUGAGCACACCCAGCACUGACUGGGCCAGCAAGAGGCUGACGCCUAUCAGCCUGAUGCUGGACCUGAUGGCCCUGCUGCUGUGCAAGGCAGCCACUAGCUUGAUGCUGAGCGGGCAGUCUCACUGCCUGCUGGGUCACGGCAAAGCAGCCAGCAGGAAGCCGGGCUGAUUGCCACAGUCUUGCCUUCUUCCCAUCAGUGCCGCUGGGAUUUGUUGUAGUUCAUUUCCUUUAGGACUUGCCUGAUGGGAAAGCGCCUCGCUGUGAAGUUUCCAGCGCCUGCAUUGACAGCUGGAAAUGCACUCAGCGAGCAGCCUGUGGAGCCUCGAGUGGAGGCACGUGGCAAGGAGCAGGGCAGCGGAUGUGGAUGGGUUGAGGCAGAGGUGGUAGGCAGUGCUCAAUUUGUCAGGGCUGCUUUACCUUGCAAACUUCCCCUGCUACUGCAUGAAGGCAGCGAGGGCUUUAGGGUGUGCAGCUUGGUCUGAGGGUUUUUGUGGGGAAACCCUGGGGAGUGUUCCUGGGGAACGGGUGGGUGACUGCAGCUGGGAGCUCAGAGUUGUGGGAGCAGAGUGCUGUUUUAUGCCGAGGGCUGUGCAGUCCCAGGCAGUUGGGCCCUGCAGGUGUUGUGCAGCGGUUGUAGAUGUUGCAUUGGUUGGUUCCUUGCGCCAUCCUUCUGAGAAGGGUUGCAUUAAUCACAGCUGUGGCAGGCCGUGCUCCGGCUGUGGCUCAGCUGAGCCAUUGGGAAGCAAUCCACCCUCCCCUGCAACUCCUUUCUUCCCACCUUCACACACCCUCAGGGGCCUUCCCAGCAGCGGGUCUCACGGCUGCCCUCGCCCCUCCCUGCUCCCCACAUUAACUCUGGGGAGGCUCAGAGGCUGGCGCGGCCCUGUGAGCCCACACCAGACAUAACAUUCUGUCUGGGAUAAUGUAUUUCUCUGUAAGCGCCGUUCCCGCAUGAGCAGCGUCAGGGCUGGCUCCCAGCCUCGCUGCCACAGGCUGGGCAUGGUGCCCCUGAGGAUGCUCGUGGUGAAGCCAGGCUGUGGUGCGCUGGGCGGUGGCUGCCUGCAGGGAUGUGGUGGCAACCAGAGGGGCUGUGCCCUGCCUGUCCGUUUCUUGUGGCUGUGUUUGUUCCUGCUGCUUGUGGGAGAGAGCCUGAAGUGAUGUUUUUCUGGGAUUUGGGCAGAAGCGGGAGGGAGCUGCCCACCACCCUGCCCUGCCCCACUGGCAUAAAGGCUUUCCUGUCCCUCAGCCAGGCUGGUGCUGAGAGUGGGAGGUUUAUUCUCUGACUUAUUUCCUCCAAAGGAUGUGUCUGCCUUGAGCCAGCGAUGCUCCGGCUGCACAUAGCCCUCACUCUCACGGGGAUGGCUGUGCCAACGCCAUGUACCCAUCCGUCACAAAAUGGCCGCAGUGAGCAGCUGAGGAUGGCUCAGGGUGUGCAAGGCACUGCGGCCCUGUGGGAGCCCUGGUAGCUGGCAGCAGCAUUGCGUGGGCUGCAGUGGCUGCCCAAACCUGCUUUCCUGCCUGGCGUCCUAUUUCCAGCAGGGCUGUGGGCAUUGGGUGCCGAACGCAGCAGUCAGCCAGGGCAUGUGUCCCUGAGCUGGCUGCAGGGCACCCAAAAUAGCACGUGUUAUUUCUGUCCUGCAGCAAGGAAGGGAGCCUGUCCCCUGCCCGUUCCAGUGCCCUGUGGGCUGCCCAAGGGCAGGUGGCCUCUUGUGUCCUGCUCCUGGUCUUGCUGGUGGAUGUGGCCCUACAGCCCCAGGAGGAGGAGCUGUGUGGAGAAACUCACCUCACCCUCCUCAUUCUCCAGCCCUGGGGCUCCCUCCUGACCCAGCCUGUCUGGGUUUCGUGCCUGGCCUUUGCUCUUAUCUCCAGGCCUGUCUGGCCAUGGGUAUUUGCCUCACCCCUGCUGCCACACGCUUCCUCCUCAGGGCUACCCCCUGUGCUCUGGGGAUGCCUGUGGAGCAGGCCCAGGCGUGACCCAUGGGGAGGCAGCUGUGCGGUGGUGCAGCUGGGGCAGCUCUGCCCUCCUUGGUGGCUGUCCUGGUGGCGGUGGUCUCAGUCACUGCUGCACCAAGCAUGGCAAGGAGGACCCGCUCCUCCCUGGGGGCUGCGCUUUCUGCUCCCAGCUGAUUUUUACAUUAAUGGUGUCCUGCCCUUCACCCCAGGGGUCCCAUUGGGUUUUCUUGAUUGGGGAGCGGAAACCCAGCUUCCUCCCAUUGUGCCUCUUCCUGCCAUGGCCCUGGGAUGACCCCUUUGCCCCAGUAUCCCCCCCAGAGCCCACAGGACUGCUGGCUGCAGAAGAGACAGGCGAUGAUGUGGGGGCAAUGUGCCCAUUGCACCACCUGUCCUCCUUAGUGCUGUGGUUGUGUGGCAAGAGCUCUGUGGGGCCCUUGCCUCCAUUUCCCCUUCCCUCCCCACUCACACAGCCCCUCUGGGCACUGAGGACUGCCUGGGAACCCUAGAGGUGGUUCUCCAUAGCCUCUGCUCUUUCUUUGCUGGUUUCCGCAGAUGCAUUGAAUGGAGCCCUGAGCGAAUUCCUCUCUCCGCCCUGGGGAGAAAGGGGCUUUAUUCAUCUCAUUUUCCGACCCAACCCUGGAAAACCAUGACCUCUUCCCAAGCCUUCCACGAGGCAUGUUGGAGCUGUGUUGUGGAGUGAGCAGCCUUCUCCCCUGGGAGAUGCUGGUACCAGCCUGUGUCUUGCUGGUGUGCUCCAGGGAAGGCAGUGUGGGGCUGCGCACUGGGAAACUGGUGCUGCAGUGAGCUUUUUGCCUCUGCCUUCUCUCUGUGUCUCCCCAUGAGCAGGGCUGCAGAAAGCCCUCAGGGCCCUUUGGCCCUGUUUUGGUGUGAGGGAGUGCUGCCUGGAAGCUGUCUAGAAGAGCCCUACCAGUCCCUGCCUGGAGAUGCACUCCUGAGAGCGGCUUAUCUCUGCCCUUCUAAUAUUGGCUCUAUCUGGGAGCUCCCUCUCCCUGCACAGAAGUGACGUACCUUCCAACUCCUGCCUCCCCCGCCCCCCUCCCCCCCCAGGCCUUCUAUCUCCACUCACACCUCCAGAGUGCUGCCCUUGGAGCCAACGCCUGCUCAGAGUGUGGCGGGGCUUUACCAGAGGACCCUGGGGUGAGGCCCACCCUGCAUUCCUGACAGAGAGCCACCGCGAGACUUGCUGGGACGCGUGCUGACCCUCGCCACGCAAGAUGACAACAAGAGAUGGACCACAGGAUAGGUACAAGGCUGUCUGGUUGAUCUUCUUCAUCCUUGGCCUGGGAACACUGCUGCCAUGGAAUUUCUUCAUGACUGCCAGGCAGUAUUUCAUCGGCCGCUUGGCAGACCCAGAGAACACGAGCCGCCUCUCGAACCAGACCAGUGUGGGCGCUGCCUCAAACCUCUCUUACCUGCAGUCCAUGUUUGACAACUUCAUGACUCUCUGCUCCAUGGUGCCCCUCCUCAUCUUCACCUGCCUCAACUCCUUCAUCCAUCAACGGAUUCCCCAGCAGAUCCGCAUCUCAGGCAGCCUGGUGGCCAUUGGGCUGGUGUUCUUAAUCACUGCAAUCAUGGUGAAGGUCACCAUGGAGCCUCUUCCCUUUUUUGUUUUCACCAUGGUCAGCAUUGUCUUCAUCAACUCCUUCGGCGCCAUGCUGCAGGGCAGCCUCUUUGGACUGGCAGGGCUCCUGCCUGCCAGCUACACAGCUCCCAUCAUGAGUGGGCAGGGCUUGGCUGGCAUCUUUGCUGCUUUGGCGAUGAUAAUCAGUAUCAGCAUUGGUGCUCAGCAACCAGAGAGCUACAUUGGUUACUUCACCACGGCUUGUGUGGCGAUAGCGCUGGCCAUCUUCUCCUACAUCCUUCUACCUCGCAUGGAUUUCUUCCGAUACUACUCCAUGAAGGACAAGACAGAGUACUGUGUGUACAAUGCAGAGCUGGAGACCAAGAGAGACCUGAUUAAGAAAGAUGAGCCCAAUGGGAUGGAGGUGAAUAACUCAAAGAUCAUCCCUGUCCACAACCCUGAUGAAAAGCCCUCGGUCAUCUCCAUUUUUAAGAAGCUCUGGGUCAUGGCUAUGUCUGUCUGCUUAGUCUUCACCAUCACCAUUGGGGUCUUUCCUUCCAUCACAGCUAAGGUGUCCACUAGCCUCGGAAAAGAAAACAAAUGGGGUCUCUACUUCAUCCCUGUCUCCUGUUUCCUGAUGUUUAAUGUCUUUGACUGGACAGGACGGAGCCUUACUGCCUUCUUCACAUGGCCCGGGAAGGACAGCUGCCUCUUGCCGGUGAUGGUGGUCUUACGUGUCAUCUUCAUCCCCCUUUUCAUGCUGUGCAAUGUGCAACCCCGAAACCACCUGCCCGUCAUAUUCUCUCAUGAUGCCUGGUAUAUCGUCUUCAUGAUCUUCUUCUCCAUCUCCAAUGGCUACCUGGCCAGCCUUUGCAUGUGCUUCGGGCCCAAGAAAGUACUUGCCCAUGAAGCAGAGACAGCUGGAGCAGUUAUGGCCUUUUUCCUGACGCUGGGCUUGGCCCUAGGAGCUGCCAUCUCUUUCCUGUUCCAAAUUCUUGUCUAGCAGAGGCACCCAGAAGGUGCAGGGACACCGAGAUGGCUCUGCACCCUUCUCCAAGGCCCUGGACACCUCAGUGCUGUGGGGUGAUAACACCUCACUCCUACCCCUGCCAAACCGCACUGCCACAGCAGAUGUUCCAUCUAGGGACGGCUCUACUCUUCCAGGGUUGGCCUGGCUCCUGCCACGCCCAGCUGUGUGCUGCCUUCAGGCCUAUGUGCCUUUGCCUUCCCCGUGCUGUGUCUAAAACUCCCAGGACCUCACCAAGGUCCAGCUGCCUCCUGUGAUGCAUAAGUUCCCCAGCUCAAGGUCAAAAGCCAUUGCAAGCCUCCUCCUCUCCGCCAGGCAGAGCUGAAGGCUGGUAUCCAGUGUUACUCCCCCUCCUGCCCUUAAUGCAGGCGCCUUGCUCUGCUCUUCUCCCAGGGUGCUUGGAAAUACCCUGCACUGCAGCUUCUCUCCUACGGGGGAGACUUGCAGGCAGGAAGAGCCCCAGCGGGCUUUGCCACCCCCACGCUGCCAUAAGCACACCCUGGGCCGCAGUGUUUGAGGAACGCAAGACAUCUACGUCCCAUCCACGCAAAGAGCCAGCGCCGCGGCUCAACAGAUGAAGAGCUCUCCAUUCUUCGCUUCUCCCUGCCCUCGACCCCUGCCCCCCCGUGUUUCAGCCUCCCAGACACCCGGUUGCUGGUUCUGCUUUUGUUUGCCCUGCACCCCUCCGUGGGCUGCAAGAGGAAGGGGGCAGCUCCCAGCUGCGGGCGGCCCGGCCUGCCCUUGGCUGCCCCCCACCCCCUGUAAAUGUAUCUGUACAGUUGCCUUUUUCUAUAAAAAGACUGAAACGUG